AGAAGGCGUGACCUGGCCCGACUUCAAAAACAGCUGUCGGCAACGGUGAUCAAAAUGUAAGAUGGCGAAUCACUACGAUGUGCCGUCUUGGGCUGGAAAGCCUCCUGUCGGAUUGCAUCUCGAUGUUCUGAAAGGCGAGAAGCUUAUACAGAAACUCAUGAUAGAUGAGAAAAAGUGCUACUUGUUCGGACGAAACCCCGAUCUGAACGACUUUGUCAUCGACCAUCAGUCGUGUUCUCGUGUCCAUGCUGCGCUCGUCUAUCACAAGCACCUGCAGAGGGCAUUCCUGGUUGACCUGGGAAGCACACAUGGAACAUUCAUCGGCACCAUUCGGCUGGAGCAGCACAAGCCCACCCAGCUGCCUGUGGACAGCAAGUUCCACUUUGGUGCAUCCACUCGCCUCUACAUCCUGCGUGAACGGCCCCAGAAGCUGGCCGCGCGGCAAGGUGACGAUUCGACCGUGACGGAGGAAGUGGAAGGUGGCCUUCUCGGCCUCCCCGAGACUGAGACCGAGCUUGAUAAUCUGACCGAGUACAACACUGCCCACAACCGGAGAAUAACGAUGCUCGGUAUCCCUGAUGAAGAGCUGAAACCUCCAAACAGGAAGCAGAAAAACCUCAGCGUCAAGUUCAACGAGGAGGAGGACGUUAUUAAUCCGGAGGAUGUGGACCCAUCCAUAGGAAGGUUUCGCAACUUGGUCCACACUGCAGUCAUCCCAAAAAAGAAGGCAAAGAUGGACACUGGAGACCCACUGAGCACCCUGUUGCCUGACUCGGACAAGUCGAGCCACAUGCACCCCUUCUCAAAGCCCGAAUCCACGCACGUCUCUCACCUAAGUACCAUCUUCUCGCCAAUGCUCUCGGCCAAGCUCGGGCUUCACCUGCCAAAUCCUGCGCCCGAGAUCGAGCCGGCCGGUGCUCCCCUCGAGAACCCUGCUGCACCGGUGGUAACGGUGCACCCAGCUGUAGUGGAUGCCAACCUACCGCCGGAACCCAAGAAGAAGAAGUACGCCAAAGAAGCAUGGCCCGGAAAGAAGCCAGUGCCCUCGUUACUCAUGUGAAAGUGGAGAUUGUUGCGUGGAACCACUGGCUGCAAUUCCAUUGUGGUGGGAAGAACAGUUCUGCUCACGGAUUUAACAGUUGAAAAGGCACUGGGCCAGCGUGUGGUAAAUGUGCGCUGGCUGCGCCAAGUGCCUCUACAUGUUCGUGCGCUGCUGUGCAUUUCGGUCGGCAGAUACAAGAAAUGAUCGACGCCAGCAGCAAAGCUGUGGUACGGACACUCGAGACAGCUACUGCCUGCAGGUGGAGCGCCACUGUGCUGCUUCGAGGUCCGUCUCUUCUUGUGAUUGGCAUUGCCAUGCUGCGGGGAAGCAGUUGUGAAAGAUAGUGUGGGUGGAUGUACGCUACUUGGGUGGUCCUGUCAGAACAACCGUUACACUGCUCACGGUAGAUUGUGUGCAUUGCUGGUCAAAAGCGCCCACACAUAAUAUUGGUGCAGUCAAUGUGCUGGGAUUUUUUAGGCUAUACAACUUUUUUGUUAUCACAUUUGACCUGUAAUGUAAUUCCAUUACUUUAUUCGGACUGCUGUACUUGUCUAAUUAUACGUUGUCCACGAAUGUGUGUUGGCCUCUACAUUCACACCCCAAUGCUGAACAAAAAAUCUUUUUCGAAGGUAGCAUAUGGGCAUUUCUAAGCAAACGGUGAGCCACUGUAUUUAGGAUAAUUGAUGAAGGUUUUAUUGGUCAAGGUCAAAGGCAGCACCACCAUUUUAACCAUGUCAUAGACUGGACAUUGUCAUGUCACAGACUGAACCAUGGGCAUUUGGUGCCUUUGAUCAUGAUUACAAAAUGGUUUUAUUUGGACGUGAUUAUUAGUAGUUUUUGUGUAAUGUUUUCGGAACAAAGGUCAGUCCUUAAUUGAGUGUAGUAACAUGGCUGUAGUGGAAUUAUGCUAAUUGCAGUGAGUGAUAUUUUAAAAAAUUUGCACAGCCUAAAAACAAAAUUACAGAAUGCCAAUCACAGCCAUUUGCGUCAUCAAAGAGACCCUUUUUUUUUGCUUUUUUGCACUGUCAUCCCUUGUCAUGCUCAGCUUGAAGUUUACUGCUCUACAACAUGACUGCUGUACAUUAUACAUAUAAGACAUCAUCAAAUCUCUUUGUACACGUUAAAUAAAGUGCAUGUUAUUGUGGACUUGCCAACUAUGCAUGCGACAGUUGCAAUAAAUCUGUGCACCUUUCA